CUACUUUUGCAUCCUAGUCCUGCAUAAAUUGGAAAACAUCAUUAAUCCUCCAGAGUCGAACAGUCUAGGGCAUUGGACUCCACCUCCACGGCCGAGAAGCCACUCGAAUCCCCUCCAAAAUCCAAGGUGAGACCCUAAUCCGUCGCGAAACCCGUCAAAUUUGUCAAUUCGAACAACCCAACACUAGAUUUCCUCCAUCGAUUCGUGCGUCAAGCCAGCCACUGGUCGUCUUGGUGCUCAAUCCGCCUGAGGCGCUGUUAGAUUCUUUGCUCCUGAUCCACCUCUGCCGUCUGCCGGGAGAUUAUUAUCGAUCUUGGCCAACCGAGGGCUGGAAUCUUGCGAAGCUGGAGAUAUGGGCAAGCCGUUAAUCUACGAGAUACUGGAGAAGCCAGCCAGUAGCAGUGUCAUAGGCGUCUGCUCCUUGAUCUGGUUCCUUAUCCAGAAGAGGAACAUUGGGUAUGCAGAUGUUGGUCUAAGCUAUGAAGCUGCCCUGGAAGGAGGGCAGUACUGGAGGAUAAUCACCUCGGCGUUUUCGCACAUCAGCGUGGUGCAUUUGGUGUUCAACAUGAGUGCGCUGUGGAGCCUCGGCGCUGUGGAGCAGCUUGGACAGCUUGGGCUUGGCGUCGAGUACUACCUCCAUUACACCCUUGUGCUUGUGGUGCUGUCUGGAUUGCUUGUUCUUGGGAUAUACCAUGUGAUGAUCCAGAAGUUCAAGGUGGAGUACUUCAGGAGGGUGACCGCUGUCGGAUACUCGUGCGUCGUGUUCGGGUGGAUGACAAUUCUGGCAGCAAAGCAACCAUCGUCGAAGCUGAAUCUAUUUGGGGUUCUCUCACUGCCAAUCAGUUUUGCCCCAUUUGAAUCACUGAUAUUUACAUCUAUCAUGGUUCCACAGGCGAGCUUCAUUGGCCACUUGUCAGGGAUCAUUGUUGGCUACUCAAUUGCCUGGGGUUUGAUUCACGGGAUGAAUAACUACUGGGCGAUCACCAUGCUUGGGUGGAUAGUGCUUGUGUUUGUCUUCAGCUUGAAGCGUACAGGAUCUAUAGAAUUGAGAUUUAUUGAGAUUGAGCCAGUUACCGAUCCCUCGCUGCCUUCUGUGGGUGUGCUUUCCUCCAGAAAUGGCAGGACUCUGCAGAUGGAUGUGCAGCCUGGAAGAGGCGGCGCAGACCUGGUAUGACCUGCAGUGUGGAUGAGCUGGUCACUGAAAUGUUUGAUAGAGUUUGAUCCAGUUCUGGAAGUUGUAUCACGUUGACACAAUGCUAUACUUUCAGUUUUGAAGAUCUGGUGUUACUGAUUUUUUUGGCCAUCUCAGAUGUGAAGGAAUUCUUUUAUCUGGACUUUGAGAUGCGUUUUCGUUUAGAAUGAGAAGGAAUUCUUGUGAAGGAUAUACGAUGUAAAGGAAUGAGAUGCAUGUAAAGAACAAGAGCAAUUGGAUUUGUUCUGUGUUGUGCUUUAAGAUUGUUUAUAAGCUAGUGUGUAGGUUCAAGCUAUAAACCACAAGAUGCUGCUCUUCAGAUGCAUGAUAUAGCUUGUAUGAAGAACUGAUAUGCUCAUUUUAUUCGUUCUGAAGACCCAAUAGUCAACUGUUGCUAAUACAUGCAAACAGCCGUAUUUUUUUUA